UCUAAAAGCUGCAGGUACUGCCGCAUUCUCGUCUCCGUCUGUGCUGGAAAGACUUGAACGGUGCAGGAUGGAUCUGUUCGCCUUUAAGUCGCUUCUGUUUCUGCUCUCUUUUCUCGGAUGCUGCUCAGGGGUGGACAUCCUGCCAGAGGGUCCAGUGGACGUGGUUUUGGGGAAGAAUGUGACUCUUAAGACGCUCCUCGUUAAACCGACCUACGCCUUUUUAUUGUGGAGUUUCAAUGACGGGACGGACGCGGUCAAUGUGGCCACCGUGAGUCCGGCAGGGACCAAAGUGAGCGAGGCAAAGUACCAGGGCAGGGUGAUGGUGAACUCCACCAACGGGUUCCUGACUCUGGGAUCCGUGAAGUCGGAGGACAGCGGGGAUUACGCGCUCAAUAUGAUCACCUCGGACGGAACCACGCAGACUGGGAAUAUAGAGCUCCGGGUCCUGGAGCCGGUGUCCGCUGUGGCCAUCAAGUCCGACCUCCCCGAAGUCGUCGAGCACAACAGCACCGUGGUCCUGACCUGCUCCGCCAAAGGAUCCUUCCUCAAGUUCACCUGGCUCAAGGGGACGGUGCCCAUCAAGAUCGACGACAAACGGCUCACAGUGAAAGAAGAGGAACUGUCCACUCAGCUGACCAUCAGAGAUGUCGUCAGGACGGAUCUGGACGGUCCCAUUUUCUGCAUGGCUGCAAACAAACUGGAGACCAACAAAAGCGCCCCCUUCAAACUCCCUGUCCACUUCGGACCAGAGAACGUCGCCAUCACUCCCGCCAAGCCUCCAGAGUUCUACCAGGCCGGCUCCAACGUCAACCUGACCUGUGCCGCCAGCUCCAGCCCGCCUGCCACCUUCGCCUGGUACCACAACAAGAAGGAGAUCAAGGCCACGGGGCCGGUCCUGAGCCUGAAGGAGAUCGAGAAACAGGGAUUGGGGAAGGUAGCCGAGCAGUACACGUGCACGGCAACGAACGCCAAAACCAAGCGGGUCAUCGCCUCUCCUGGAGUGACCUUCGCUGUGAUUGACCCCAUCACUGGCGUUAAAAUCUCAGCUCCAGCCGGGCCCUUCAUCGCCGGCAACAGCUCGGCCAACUUCACCUGCAAGGCGGCCUCGGGCACCGUGAAGACCAAGGUCUGGAUGAAGGACGGCAAACCUCUGGUCGCCAGCUCCCGCGUGGUGUUCUCCAGCGACAUGAGCUCGGUGAUGAUCAACCCGCUGCAGAAGGAGGACAACGGAGAGUUCACGUGUCAGCUGAGCAACCAGGUCACCACGAGCAAGGCCUCCCACAAGAUGAUGGUGAACUACGGUCCUGAACCAGUGACCGUGAAGGGCGAGGAUGCUGUCGAGGUGAACGAACCCGUGUCGCUCACAUGCGCCGCGGCCUCCAUGCCCCCCGCCAACUUCACCUGGAAGUUCAACGGCACCGUGACCCCGGUCAAAACGGCGCAGUACAUCAUCGAGAAGGCCGUCUACAAAAACACGGGAACGUACACAUGCGAGGCUUAUAACCCUGUGACCAAGAAGACCACCAAGUUCACCCACACCCUGGCCGUCAAAGAGGAGGGAGCGCUGGACGAGGGUCUCUCAGACGGAGCCAUCGCUGGAAUCGUCAUCGGUGUCCUCGUCGCUCUCGGAGCCGCCAUCGCUCUCAUCAUGUACUGCAGACAGAAAGUCCCGAAGAGGGGGAAUGCGUCAGACUAUGAGACGAGUGUCCAGUCUCCGUAUUAAAGACGCCCUGCACACUGCUGGAGACACAGGCCCAAUCAUCACGCCUUGUUUCCCAUGAUUCACCUGUGCAGAAGGAGGGAGGAGCAUCCAGCCGGAUCCAGCUGGUUUCCUGUGAAGCCCUUUCCCAAAACAAGAUUCCCCAUCAUCCCUCUCUCUCUCUCUCUUUCUGGAUGAAGAGGAUGAUGAUGGAAACUCCAUUCCACAAAAAUGACGGACUCUCUGUUUUGGAUGAUUUUCUUGGAUCUCCGUCUCGAUCUGAUCCCACCUUUUUUUUUUUUCCUUCCUUUUUUCACUCCACCUUCCCCGCCACCGGGUCACGACCUCCCUCCCUCCCUCCCUCCCUCCCCGCUCUUCCUAUUCUUCUCUUCCCCUUCCUCUGUUAACAAACGUCAUCCUUCACCUUUUGUCCCGCUCGCUGCCACCGCCGCCGCCACCUUCAGGAAACCAAAAACACCAAAAACUCUGAGACGUUUCCUGGACUGAAGCUGACGGCUCUGAUGAGUGACUCUCUUUAUCCCACCGGAAACCCGAGGAGGGAACACACACAUGCACACACACACACACACACACACACACUGGAAUACUAGAUGACCGUGAUGCCUGGUUGAUCAUACACACACACACACACACACGCACACACACACACAGGCCACACACGUCGACUUUCAGGGCUCUGGGUUAAAAAUUAUAUCUGAAUGUUUUUGUGGUUUGAUUUAUGUCACUGUCUGUGCCGGGCGGGUGGAGUUAAGCUGAUGGGGGACACUUCAGGUGCAGCAGAGUGUUUCAAAGCUACGUUUUAAGAGGCCUCCCUGACCCUGACGGCGAUACUGGAGGCAGUCUGAUCCAAAAUACCUCAGUUUCUCUUUGAGAAGUCGUGUCUCGCCCCUCGCUCGUACGAACACGUCUCCUUCAUUUUUCACUGAGCUUUGAACAUGUAAACAAAAACACAACCAGCAUUAAUUUAAAGUCAGAUCGAUGUUUUAAAUCUGGACCUUUCUGUCUGAUAUCUUCAUUUAAAAGGUUCACCAAAGUUACAAAGUGCCUUAAAGAAAUGUAACAACUGUAAAAUAUUAAAUAACAGUAAAAUUAUAAUUUCUAAAAAUAAGAAAUAGCCUAUUUUUAUCAAUAAAGCGCUCCUCCUCACACCUGAAGAAGCUAAAGAAGAAGCAUACAUUAUUUCUAAAAGUGUGAAUUGCUGCCAGAUUUUCAGAAUGUAUCAUAAUUCCUCAAAUGUUGUUUUUACCGCCUUCUUACUAAAUAUCUGAUAAAAGCCCUCUUAGAACGAAGAUUUAGAUUUCACCAGUGGUGUCGACUUCUUUAACUUUCAGAAAUGACGAAAAAUGAGCCGUUAGCUAGCUUUAAGCUGUUCUAAAGACUUAAACAGUUAGCAUUUUGCAACUAGAGAAAUUUUAAUUUGGAUUAGCCGACAUCUAAAAGUAAGAAAACUCUCAAAACUGAGCUAAACACGGGAUCACAGAGUCUGCAGGGUUUGCAGAGUGUAGCUACAGUUAGCAGAGCUAGCACCACCAGCCUUCAGUCCUCCACUAGAGUUCCCACCCGUCCCGUUUUUUCACCAGCUGUCCCGGGAAAAUAAAAAUCUGGGGGGGAAAUGCAAAAACCUCAUUUGACUUCCAAGGGCUCUCAAGUCUCAAGCAUUGGGCGUGACACACACGCAUUUCAACCUGUUCACACGCCACACUUUGUGUUUCUCAUGCACAGUAAUUACUAGGACAACGACCACCAAGGUGCGCCGCUUUUCCUUCAGAAGGAGCUCGCCAUGCACCAGCCAAUCAAAAAACAGCAUCACUGUAUCCGGGUAAAACAACGCCCCAAACAAUUGGUCGAGUGUCUGUGCUGGUUCCUCAUCGCUCUGGUGGUUAUACGUCACUUUAAUCAGAUACAAAUAAACGUUAGCUGUGCAGAAAUAGCCCAGUGCUAGCCUCCGCCAUAUUUCUCUCAUUGUUUCAUUGGCUUCAGUUUCACCCAUCAGUUAGCUUCCUGCCAAAGUGUCCUUCUUAUCUAACUUCCAAACCUAACCACAGAUCUCCUCACGGCUAACGUCAAAAUUGCAGGCCAGGUCGCUAAUUAGCUGUUCAGCUGCGGCGUGUAAGCUAACCUGCUGAUGUCAGCGUGGUCGAGCCGCGGUCAUGACUCUCAAACACCGCUGAGAACACCCUGUCUGUCGUCUGCAGCACACCUUUAUGUACACCUGCAGCAGCCACGCCCCCUGAAGAGUUUACAGAAAGCACUGAGUCCAGAUUUUAAACGUUUCCAUCUUCUGUUGUUGUUACAUCUUCUCCUCUCCGGUCCCGGAUCCUUCCUCCGUGUUUGUUUUAAAAUCAUCCUGUA